AAAAAGCCCACAAGUCAAGUGGAGACAGGUAUUGAAACACAGAACCCUAGUUGAGCCCGUUAACAACUUCUCCUCCGUUCUCCCUCGACGCUGCACCCUUUUCUUCUUCGUCGCGCGCAGAUAGACCGCCGCCGCCGUCGACAACGUCGUUAAGGAGCACGUUCACAGUGUUCAGCAACAAUGGCGGACGUCGUUCAAUUCAAGCUCGAGCGCAUGCUCGACGAGCUAGACGACCUAGAGCGGCGCGGUUUGUUCAGCCGCCGGGAGAUAGCCGAAAUAGUGAAAAUGCGCCGCAAAUUCGAGUACCGUCUUAAGCGGCCUAGUCCCCUAAAGGAAGAUUUCUUGUCCUACAUUGACUACGAAAAGCAGCUCGACGCUCUCCGCUCCCUCCGCAAAAAAGCUCUCGAAAGGAAAUCCGGCGGCGAAAAGUCCAAAAAAACCAUCUCGGAUUUCUCUGGCGUGACAAGGAUUCUCCUCAUUUACCGACUCGCCACGAACCGGUUUAAGGGAGAUAUUGAGCUAUGGUUUCAGUACCUGGAAUUUUGUAGAACGCGAGGACACGGCAGAAUGAAAAAGGCCCUGGCUCAAUUAGUCAGAUUCCAUCCGAAAGUAUCUGGUGUGUGGAUAUAUGCUGCGGCUUGGGAGUUCGACAACAAUCUGAAUGUUGAAGCUGCCCGUGCUCUAAUGCAAAAUGGUUUGAGGUCGUGCCCAACUUCUGAGGACAUAUGGGUGGAGUAUCUUCGCAUGGAACUCACAUUCCUCAACAAGUUGAAAGCUCGAAAGCAAGCCUUGGGGGAGGGUAAAGGAAACACAGCUCGUGGCAAUAGGAAUGCUGAUGAGCAACAGUGGAGAGAUGAGAACCAGGACUUGUUCAUGUCCCUGGAUGAGAAUGGGGAUGUUGAUAAGAGAUCUAGUUCUCAAGAUGGUGAUUCAGAGGGAAAGCUGGAUGUGUUCAGGGAGCAUGGCAUGAAGCUUCUUGAUACUAUCUAUAGUGGUGCAAUUGAAGCCUUACCUACUGCCUUCAGUCUGAGAAUUCGGUUUCUUGCUAUACUUGAAGCAACAGAGCUGGUUAAUUCAGAAGAAAUGCGAAAGAAGAUACUCAAUGACAUGAAAAAGGAUUUUUCAAAGGAGCCUCUGUACUGGGACUGGCUUGCUAGAGUUGAAAUAGCUGGUGCCAAAGGAGUAAAUCCUAUCCAGUUAGGCAGAGCAGUUCAGGUUUUUGAGGAGGGUUUGAAGUCUAUGCCAUCAACUAUCAUGGCUGAACUUUACUUAAGGUUCCUCAUGGAAGCAGUGAAUAGGGAUGCAGAAGCUGUCAUUCAAUUCGAUACUCAUGCUCCUGCCGUUGAGCUUGUUUUGCAUAUUCAGGAAGUAUUUGAGAAGGCUGAGAGCCUUGGCCGCAUUAAUGAAGAUCUUGCUUGCGAACAUGUUUCAUACCUUUUACACUUGAGUAAAUUGGUUGAAGCUAAGAUGCUUGCAGAAAAGCUCUGCUCAGGAAAGUUUCCAGAUGCUGUGAAUUUAUGGACUUUACGACUCACCAUAGAAAUGAAAUGUAUUCAGAAUAAAUCUCUCUCACCAAGCAAGGCGGAUCUGCUCUAUAUCUUUGAACUGCUGAGAAAUAUUCUGAUGAAACUUAGCAUUUCGGAAGCAGAGAACUUGUGGAUUAUGGGGCUGAAAUACUUCGCAAAUCAGAGACGUUAUUUUAACAAGCUUGUGGAGAUGUCAGUUCUAUUAUUGGCCAAAGAUGGCGGAACUGAUAGUGGGUUUUCACUCUCAUCAACAAUUUUAAAUUAUGUACUUCAAAGCGAUGGUGUUGAAAGUGCCAGAGAGAUGUAUAAGAGAUUUCUCGCUUUACCUCAUCCUGGACUUAAAAUAUACAGAGAUUGUAUCGAGCUAGAGUCUAACCUUGCAUCCAGUGGUGAUAAGACUGGUCUGACCAAUGCCCGGAAGUUGUUUGAAUCUGCACUUGUAACUUAUGACCAAGAUGCAAGCCUAUGGCAUGACUUUCACUGCUUGGAGAUCAAGAUGGGAACGUCAGAAACUGCAGCAGCUGUUCAUUGGCGUGCUAGAAAAACCCUAAAAAACAAUACAGCCCAGCUCUUGUCUACAAAAUCAUGACAGGUUACUGCCAUUCACAUGGUUGAUGAUUUUACUGGAUGUUGUAUAUCUUAGUUCGCUAGCUUUGAGCUAGUUGUCGGCGUUCCAUUUUUGUAUUAGUAUUAGUAUUUGCACUAUAAGUCAAUUUUGUUUUCAUUUUGGGCAAGAAUUUGGGUGAACGUAAUCAUUCAUACAUUUAUCUUUGUGUAUACAA